AUGGAUAUGAGAAAGAUCUCCUGCGCCAUCAUCAUCGCUGCUGCCUCAGCAAGUGCAGUCCUUGCUGCCGAGGAGAGCUUGGCCCCAGUGCCUGGGCCCGCCAUGCACAGUGGGUCUGAUGCGGUCACACCCGCCCUCGGGAUGGUGGGGGCCUCCAUCCUUUCCUUCUUUGCUUUUUACUUGCAGUAGGCCUCACAUGAAAAAGAAGAAAGAAGACUCUCAAGGGAGAUAAGAAGAGAAGGGCAUGCUGGUUGAAUUUUUCUUUUUAUUUUU